AUGAAGUACAGUUUCGCUCUUGCCGCUCUGGCUACUGUGGUUGCUGCUUCCGACUCCCCUCUUCUCACACGUCAAACCGACAACACGGAGGAAUACAUUCGUGAAGUCUGCUUCCCAAACACCACAUCGCCGAUCCCGCCUUGUCAGCAAAUCAUCAACAUUGAAUCUGCUUGCCAGCCCAAUGGCACCGCUCCCCUCGACUACUCAGCACACCAACAAUGCAUGUGCAAUGGCGGUUACUUCCCCAACUGGAGCGGCUGUUUGAACUGCCAAUACGUCCACGGCACACGCAGUGAAGCUGUCGCACAAGCCAACGAAGCCAUCAUCUCUUCUGCUUCCUCUGCUUUUUGCACCGGUACACCUACUGCGGUGUUCGCGAGCUAUUUCUCGUCUAUCAGUGACGAAAGUCCACAGACCGCAACUGGUGCUGCCACAACGCUCAGUGACCAAUACCCGAGUCAAAGCGCCGUGAGCCUCUAUUACACAGCUUCUGGUAAUCAGGGUGUUGGUGCUGUUACUGGGAGUGCUGCGCAAGCUACUGCUGCUGUGUCGUCGAGUGCGACUCGCUCGAGUAGUGCUUCUUUGGCUGCUAGCGCUGCUACCACGACUGGAGCUUCUUCCUCGACUGGUUCGAGUUCGUCUAGACAGUCUUCGAGUUCGAGUCGAUCGAGCAGUGGUAGUCAGGUUUCGUCCAGCGUGGCCUCUUCUGCCUCUUCUGCCUCUGGUGCCGCGACUGGUGCUGCCAAUGCUGUCGUCGUGAGCGAGGGAAUGCUCGCCUUUGUUGCUGGAGCCAUGAUGUUGCUGUAA